GUUUGGGUGACUCGUCAUAUUUGUUACCAAGGCUAUCUCAGUAGCAAUGGCGACGUUGUCCGUUUGUCAGCCGCCGCCCGGGGGUUUCAGUUUCGACAACUGCAGGAGAAAUGCCGUUCUGGCGGGGGAAGUCGCCGCGAUCGGACUCGGCGCACCGGCGGCGCGUAAAACAGGCACGACCAUCUGCGGUAUCGUGUUUAAGGACGGCAUCAUUCUCGGAGCCGACACCAGGGCUACGGAGGGCAUGGUCGUGGCGGAUAAGAACUGCUCCAAGAUCCACUACAUCUCCCCCAACAUAUACUGCUGCGGAGCGGGCACCGCCGCAGACACCGAGAUGACCACCCAGAUCAUCUCCUCCAACCUGGAGCUGCACUCCCUCUCCACGGGCCGCCAGCCUCGGGUGGCCACCGCCAACCGCAUGCUCAAACAGAUGCUCUUCAGGUACCAGGGCUACAUAGGCGCCGCCCUCGUGCUGGGCGGGGUGGAUUGUAAUGGGCCCCACCUUUACAGCAUCUAUCCCCACGGCUCCACCGACAAGCUGCCCUAUGUCACCAUGGGCUCGGGGUCCCUGGCAGCCAUGGCGGUGUUCGAGGACCGCUACAAGCCCGACAUGGAGGAGGAGGAUGCCAAGCAGCUGGUGCGUGACGCCAUCGCAGCAGGGAUCUUCAACGACCUGGGCUCCGGCAGCAACGUUGACCUGUGUGUCAUCACCAAGGGCAAGGUGGAUUACCUGAGACCCCAUGACGAGGCCAACAAGAAGGGUGUGAGAGCCGGCGACUACAAGUACAAAAGAGGAACGACGGCGGUGUUGACGAAGACCGUGUUCCCCCUGAAGCUGGAGGUGGUGGAGGAAUCUAUACAGACCAUGGACACCUCCUAAAACCACUUCUGCGUUUAGCUCUCUGGAAAUUAAGUAGUACCGCCCCCCCCCCAAACUCCUCUGCGUGGUUAAAAUGGCAUGUUUUUGUCCACAGUUUUCAAUAAAAUGUGCUGAUUUAAGCAGUGUUUCCCCCCCCA